AAUACCAAUAUUUAAAAAAUAACGACCUAUCAAUAAAAUGGGAUAACGAAUUUUCUCAUUUAUAAGAAACCUUCUUUCGAAAGAUGCAUAUUUUGAACAAUAUAAAUAAACAUUUGUUUGACAUGUUAUACAAUAGUAUAUUUGCUGAAGCGCCGUCUACCUGUUGCAUUCACGACUAUAAAUAUCUAAAUUUCAGUUUCAUCUUCAUCUAAAAUCCUUCAGGAGAACGAAGGAGUAAUUGUGUUUCUGGUUCGAGAUUUUACCGUUAUACCCACGAUUAUACCUUUAUAUCGUAUUCGUACUAAUAAGUACUAAAAUGUUUGAAAUACCGAUAUAAUUUUUAAGAUGUAAGAAGAGCGGAUUAUUUUUACUAAAAUGUUUAAUAUAUUUGCCCCUGUUAUGUUUUACCUCAGUAAUACCUUGUAUUGAACGAUUCAUGUUCUGGAAAUAUAAUUUUGUCUGAACUUUAAAAAAGCAGAAUGGCUUUUUUGUGCCCGGUUCGCAUACGUCGAGGAAAGAAAAAGAAACCAGGAGUACAUAAUUUUAAUUUGGAGAAGGAUUGCGCUGGUGGUGGCAGUACCGGACUUGGUUUAGGGACAAAAGUACCACUGCCUCCUGGUCGUAUAACAGGAAGUGCUAGUAUUGAGACAUUGGUCCGAGUAGGUAUAGAAAAAGAAAAUGGUCUGUCACCAGAUAGUAAGAUGGUUAUUGUUCAUGAUUUUACACCAUGUGUUGACGAUGAACUCCAAGUAAAACGAGGCCAGGUUGUAAAUGUUUUAUAUAGAGAAAAUGAUUGGGUAUAUGUAAUAGCAGCUGAUACACGUAUGGAAGGUUUUGUUCCGCAUUCGUAUUGUGCACCUUAUACGUCUCAGCUUGCUGAAUUAACACUUGCUACUCUUAUGAAUAAUGUGAAAAAGAAAUUACCAAGAUCUAAUGAGACUGAUUGUGAUUUUGCUGGUACAGGUCGUUCACAAACUGUAGAUACGCAACAAACUGACACAGGAUCAGCAUCAGACUGUGAAAGUUAUGCUCGUAAUGUCACCACUGCUGAUUUGAAUGUUAAUCGAUCUAACAUCACACAAUCUCAAAAUUCUAUUCAGACUAUAUCCUCUCAGCCAGAUGUACAUCCUUUCUUUAAGGAUCCAUCAGCUGGGAGAUAUAUUGUACUUUAUACUUUCGUAGCUAGAGAUGAAAAUGAUGUUAGUGUAGAAAGAGGUGAAUUUGUAACUGUACUCAAUCGAGAUGAUCCUGACUGGUUUUGGGUACUUAGACAUUGUGAUGGUAAUGAAGGAUUUGUACCAUCUGGAUUUGUAUAUCCAGGACAUGUUCUCCAUUCAUAUGCAACAACUACUACAACUACCACUACUACUACAGUAGCUACAACAUCUACAGAAACACAUGGUUUAGGAAAAGGAAAUAACAAUAUGUCAGGAAAUGAGUCAUUGCAGCAAAAAGGUUUGCGAGAUUUUCGAGAUGAAACAAAUGGCACAGAAUUAGUUGUACUUUAUGAUUAUAAGGCGCAGGCGCCAGAUGAUUUAUCUGUGAGAAGAGCUGAUUGGAUAUAUGCAGAUUUAGGAAAUCAAACUGUAGAUGGUUGGUUAUGGGCAUAUGCGCCUAAAACUCGAAAAUAUGGAUUUAUUCCAAAAGCGUAUGCACGGCCUCCUGCUAUGACGAGUUUAUAACAUAUUAGACAUACUUUCUUAUCUUUUUGCAUUUUAUACAUGUAUUCAAAUAAUAAUAUACUAUUACAUAGUAUUACACUCCAAAUGAUAUUCAACAAUUUGGAUAGACAUCAAAGAUACAAUUUUCUCUGUGUAAGUAUUAUCAUUAAUAAUGUUAAUGGGGGAGGGGGGGAUAAAUUGGAAUUUAAUUAUAUAUAUACAUAAAUUUUGUAAUAUAUUUAAUGUACAGUAACAUUAACAUUAAGUGUAGCACAAUCUGAUGUAAUGUGACUGAGGAGACCUUCAUGCAGAACUAUACAAUCACCUGUUGAAUAAAUGUCUUGAGGACAUUGUGCUGUUCUUAAUGAGUUCACUGGACCUGUGUAUGUUAGGCAACGUAAGCCUUCAUUAUCAAUCUUGUCUACAGCCUGUUGUGGAAGUAGUCGAUAUGCAUAUCACUUAUCAUGUACAUAGGUAUUAAUCGUUUAUUCAACUGAACUUUUUUAUCAAUCAUAUAAUAUACCUGAAUACUACAUAAAA